CAGUUGAAGAUCAUCAUGCUAAAUGGUUAAGGAUUUUGUUAGUGAUGCAGAUAGACGUGAGGUGCUGGCUGGGAGGGCUGAGAGCCUUCUCAUCUGCUUGAAACUGAGGUUCUCUGGCCUGCCUCAAACCACACUAGACAUAUGCAAGAUCCAAUGCAACAAGGAUGUGGGAAAAUCUAUAUUGGAGAGCUAUUCAAGAGUUCUUGAGAGCCUAGCAUUCAACAUUGUGGCACGUAUAGAUGAUCUUAUGUCUGUGGACGACUUGUCUUAAGCAUUCGGAUCAGCUCAUUUCCAUGUCCAAAGUUGGUGUGCUCAUUCACAAGAUUUUCGGGUAUAAGGCCACCUUUGCAGCUCGGAGCUUCUCACCUUCGCCGCUCAUCAGCACCCUUGCAAAGGGGAAGAGAGCAGCGCCAUACAAGGAUAACUGCAACCUCCCGCUUGGUGGAUUUGGGGUGAAGAAGAUCUUGACAGAUUAUUUGAGCAUAGAUGGGAAAGGGAAGAAGAUGAUGAGAAACAGCAUGGAGAGAUCGGAUUCAUUUCCGAGCACCCUACGAGAGAAUUCUACAGCGCCGUAUCUACUGACGUUCGCCUUUCAUCGUUCGCUCAUCAAACUUUGAGGGAGACUCAGCUGCCAUAUUUGAUAGAAUCGUUAUGUUAUUUUUUCAGACUUUGAGAGAAUGGUUAUGUAUUUCUCUAUAACUGAGAGAAAAAGAAAGAUGAGACAGAGGGAGAGCAUGAAAGAGAUCUUAAUUUUAAGAGAAAAUACCUUUUAUGUUAGGCUCUAUUUAGUUUAGACCCUAAAUUAAUUUUUUUAAUUGGCCCAUAGUGAAUAAAGAGAGAAAAGCGAAAGUGCAUUUAUUUUAAUAGAA